UGCACUACUCUGUCUACCACGCCGCCAUUUUGGAUUCAUUUCGUGGCUUCGCAGAAACGCCGCUGUUUUCACCGAGAGACAUUCCGCUGUUUAACGCAUCAGUUCUCUAGCUAGCAGGAUGCCUAAAUCAAAGGAAGUGAUUUCUUCAACAUCCAGCAGUGAUUCAGACAGUGAGGCUGACACGAAGGCCAAAAGGAAGAAGCAAAUGAUAGAGAAGCCAGCAAAGAAACAGAAGAGUGGGGAGUCAUCAAGGGCGUCUGGUGCAUCGAAAAGCAGCGGCGGCGGCAAUAAGAAAGAUAACAUGUUCCAGAUAGGGAAGAUGAGGUACGUGAGUGUGCGCGAGUUCAAAGGGAAAGUCCUCAUCGAUAUCCGCGAGUACUGGAAUGACCAAGAAGGUGAAAUGAAACCAGGAAAGAAAGGGAUUUCUCUGAACCCGGAGCAGUGGACUCAGCUGAAAGAGCAGAUCGAUGAUAUCGACGAUGCCUUAAGGAGAAUAUAAAAGCUGUGUCGUGUUCACAAACCUGUCUGCUUCAUUUCUCCGUCUGGAUUCCACCUACGUUUUAUAAAUCAGAUUAACAAUCAUGUAGUGUGAAUUUUCUGAUUAGGUUUUAGUGUAACGAUUGUCGUAUUUUUCUAUUCCUUUGUGUUUUUAUCCUACUGACAAAGCAACUGAAAUGCUACGUAUUGUCGUGGCUGGGUUUGGGUACAACCUUUCUUUUUUUACAAUAAAGAUGAUGGGAAAAAUAA